UAUGUUUACAUUGUAGUUGUUGCAUUGAUAAGUGCCAAGUUUGCCAACCACAGGAAUCGUAUCAUCAUAAUAGCUGUCAACAGUGAACAGGAACAAAAAGCAUUAAGACUUGAGGACAUCGAACAAGCAUACAACCCAUUUAUGAAGGACAAUAACAGAGGAAUGUAGCCGUUCCGGCCGUGAUGGGUUUCAAGUCUUGUUAGAGGAAUGGGGAACCAGUGGGAGACAGCGGCCAACUGUACAGGAUCUUAUAAAUUUGCUUCAGAAAAUUAAGCUAUAUCGAGCUCUGGAUUAUCUUACUGUUAACGUUAUGAAUGGUGAGGCUUUGCCAAGGGAAGAAGGGCGCAAUCCUGUUGUUGAAUUAGAUCCAGCUAAGGAAAAUGAUCCAGCUAAGGAAAUUGAUCCGUCUACCAGACUAAUAGAGCCAAGGAAAGAGGAUUUAGCACUUCCAACUACACAGACUCAUGUCUUUGACAAUGAGAUUUUAGAAGGAAUGGAUUGUGGUGAGGUGUUCCAUUUUAGUUACUCUUGUUUGAAAACAAUGACCAGUAAUUUUUCAGAUACUCCAUUCAGAGAUGGAGGUAAUAAACUUGGUGAAGGAGCAUUUGGAAAGGUGUAUUUUGCAAAGAUUACUCAAAAAGGAAUAGAAAAAGAAGUGGCAGUCAAAAGACUUAAUGCUAGCGAUUCUUCAGAAACCAGAAUAGAGUUGCAGUUCAAGACAGAAAUAGAAGUCCUUUCAAAGUGCAUCCAUGAAAAUUUAGUACCGUUAGAGGGUUACUCAUGUGAUGGUCCUGAGUGGUGCCUUGUGUAUGCAUUUAUGCCAAAUGCUAGUCUUCUAGAUUGCUUAUCCUGUGCUAAUGAAAGACAGCCUCUUGACUGGAAAGUACGUUUGCAUAUAGGAGAAGGAGCAGCUCGUGGUAUUGUUCAUCUUCACACAUUCCGAGAGCGUCCCUUUAUACAUAGAGAUAUUAAGAGUGCAAACAUACUUCUAGAUGAAAACAUGACUCCCAAGGUUGGUGACUUUGGACUUGUGAGAUUAGGAGGAUCAGGAAAUAAUACACACACCCUUAUCAAAACGACCACAGUGUUUGGGACAUCAGCAUACAUGGCUCCAGAAGCAUUUAGGGGAGACAUUUCUGUCAAAAUGGAUACUUUCAGCUUUGGGGUGGUUUUAUUAGAGUUGUUGACUGGCUUACCUGCACAUGAUGAAGAAAGAGAGGAACCAGACUUGUUGAACCAUGUUUUAGAGGCUCAAGAAUCUGAAGAAGGCAUAAACGAGCUGGUUGACUGGAAAGGUGGUGACUGGAAUAUGGAAGUUUUCAGAGGCGUCCUUGAGUUAGCUGAGCUCUGCUGUACAGAAGUCAAGAAAAAGAGACCAACUAUGGUGGAAUUACUAGAAAAAUACUCUUCGGUUAUGCAGUCUCUUAACUAAUCGUAUGUUGUUUUUCUUUGGAAGAGGUGAUGGAAGAAAAUUUUGAAUGAAUAUCAUGGUUGAAAAUGUAAUAUAUAUAGGCUAACUGACAAGAGCCAUUUACAUUUUUUGUUGGUAUUACUGUUGUUUACCAGUGAUACCCACACGUUAUUAUAUGUGAACCUAC